AUGUAUGUCGUAUCCAGGCUACAAUCAUUUUCUGCUUGGGAGUGUAUCGAAACUGACCACCUUGCUUCCUUAGAUGCUGCGGACGCUGAAAGUCCGUUGAAACCAGCAGAGCUCCAAGUCUUGCGGGCCCAGUACGAGAAGGAGGGUGACUAUGUUGGAAUCCAGACGAAAUUCAACUACGCAUGGGGCUUGAUCAAAUCCCACGCUCGGGCGGAUCAACAAGAGGGCGUCCGUCUUCUAUCAGAGAUCUUCCGCGCAUCCCCAGAGCGACGACGUGAAUGUCUCUACUACUUGGCUUUGGGGAACUACAAGCUCGGAAACUACGGCGAAGCCCGGCGAUACAAUGAUCUGCUCCUGGAGAAGGAACCAGGGAACCUGCAAGCCGCCAGCCUCGGCUCGCUGAUCGAUGACAAGGUCUCCAAAGAGGGUCUGAUGGGCAUCGCGAUCGUGGGUGGCCUGGCUCUUGUGGCCGGCGUAGUGGGCGGUCUUGUCUUCAAGGGUGCCGCAAAGAGACGAUGA